UUUUUUUUUUUUUUUUGGCUUGUUUGCUGAUUUUUUUUUUUUUUUUUUUUUUUGCGCAUCCCGUUUUUCACACCGGCGCAAAUCGCUCUCCAGACACAGACACACACACACACACAGACAUACACUUCUUUUGACCUUUUUGACCUCUGUCUGAAUGUCGAGCCUGUCUGCCCUCGUCCGGAGCAACAAUGUCUUUGCGUCUGCGGGGUCAUCGCCUCCGCCAGGUGCCGUGCCGUCGUCGCCGCUGCGGCCGCCUGCCAAGACGAGCAGUGUCGGCAGCAACAGCAGCACCAGCGCCGGCAGCUCCAACCGAGCUGGCAGCGGCAAGUUCAAUCGGGACACUGUCCAGCAGCUGCAUACUCAACUCAAGCGCCUCAACGACCGCCGCAACAAGAAGCAGACCCGCGACAACGACACCGAGUUCCUCAAGGCGCAAUCACACUUAUCGGACCAACUUGCUGGAUAUAUUGAAGAGCUCGCCAAACGACGAAUUGAAAAUUUGGCCUACCUGCACAAAGCUCACGAGGGAAAAGUGUUGUGGUUUAAUGUCGUUCACGUCAUGCGCCCAGAUCUAGCUGUUCUAUAUGCCAACGAAAAGCACCGUGACCGCGCAAAAAGUUUCUUCCACCUCGGCCUGUCUCUAGGGGUUGUGCUUCAAUUGCCGAACGGACAGCAGUUUGUCCGUGCAGUAGCUCAGCUCUUUGAAGAGUUCCGUUAUCAACUGGGCAACCCUGCCUUCAAGGGCAUUGUCAGUCUGACCAAGCGAGACAAGGGCGGCAUGGGCAUGUUUGACGAGGACUCUCCUGUCAGCCCUGAGAUUCAAUUCGCUGGCAAUGUUCCACAAUUCACCUACCUCCUGACUCCCAUGAUGAACAUGCAUGUCGACUACUACGAGGUUGUCAUGUGUCUGAUCAGCUCGCUGAUGAAGGCAUACGAAAAGUUCCUCCAUCCGUCAUGCCAGUCUCUUGUUCUUCUCGAAGCAAUCAUGCGCAUUGACGCCAGAAUUACAAGUUAUGUUCUGGAUUUGUUGAUUGGUGACAUGCAAAAGAUUUCGCAAACAGUUUUGAAGCGUACGGUCAUGGCUUUCAAGCCGAGAAAGCAAGGCGAAGGUGAACAAGACUCUGAAGAGGAAGGCGAGGACCAGUUCGACGAGUCCCAGUUUGAUUCUUCUACCAACCCUUCCAAUGCGAAUGGUGGCGGCGACGGCGAUGGAGGCGAUGCCGACGAUCUUGAUGAAGACGAUGACGACGACGAAGGCACCAGCAUGUCACGGCGCGGGUCCGCUCGCCGUGGUGGCGCGACGCGCAGCCUUUUGGUGGACUCGGAAGUGGACAUUUCAGACCUGAACGGGAAUGCCUCGCCUGCCGUGCUGCAAGAGCGUCUUGUCGAGCAAACGGCCAUUCUCGAGCGCCUGCGGGAAGAGUUCAAUCGUCUUGAUGAAGAGUGCAAUCAAGCAACCAAGGACGUCACGACGCUUUCCUACGAAGUGUCUGCGCAAUCCAAGAUUGUGACCAUGCUCGAAGAGCAAAAGAAGCUGCUCGAAAUUACAGCCCUUGCCCCAUCUGUUCUCGGCCAACUGAGCCAGGAAGACAAGGACGUUGUGCACGAAAGCGUUGCCAUUUUGCAGCGUCAACUGACCAAUGCCAUCACGGAGCACAAGCAGCUCGCAGCAGAGCUCGCCAAGCAGACGCAAGACGCCCGCACGCGCAUCCAAAAGCGCAACGCUGCCCGCCCAGGCGUUGUCACCCAAACCAAGCGGGUGGAAAGUCUCGAGCACCAGGUGGCCAAAGCGACCGAGCUGUACACUGGAGAAUAGACAGACCAUCGACAACACUCUCGGCAGCUUGUGGGCUUGUGGCUGGUUGUGGAUUAAUUUUUGGUUGGUUUUUGCGUUUUGCUUUGUCUUCUGAACUGAGAGCUGAGGGGUGAAUGAUUGUUGUCGGAUGUGUGUGUGGGUAUCCUUGUGUCAAGUACACGGUGUUAAUGCUGCUGUA